AUGGCCAGCGCUGUUCUGCACCGAGAUACACACUUUAUCCCGAAGAAGGCAAUCGGUGGCCAGGGGUGCUACAUAUAUCUCGAGGAUGGCACUAAGUUUCUCGAUUCCACGGGUGGUGCCGCCGUCUCAUGCCUAGGGCACGGGAAUGAGAAGAUCAAUCGCAUGAUUAAGGAUCAAUUUGAUCAACUGGCAUACUGUCAUUUGGCAUUCUUUGGAACUCAGGUAUCCGAGGACCUAGCGCAUUUCUUGACUGAAUCUACCGAUGGGAAACUCUCCAAGCUGUUCGUAAAUGAUUCUACUUUAGGCUCCGAGGCAAUUGAGGCUGCUCUGAAGCUGGCCCGACAAUAUUUUCUCGAAUUGCCAACUCCUCAAGAUCAGCGCACUAGGUUCAUAGCUCGACUCCCUUCUUACCACGGCACCACGCUCGGUGCUCUAGGUGUUGGCGGACAUGUUCUUCGAAGACAGCCAUUCGAGCCAUUACUAGCCAAGAAUACCUCUCAUGUGUCUCCUUGCUAUGCCUACCGUGAUAAGAAAGAUGGUGAGUCUGAUGCAGAUUAUGUCGCCCGUCUUGCUGCAGAGUUGGAUGCCGAAUUCCAGCGCGUGGGCCCCGAGAGCGUGUGUGCAUUCAUCGCAGAGCCUGUUGUUGGUGCAGCUUUGGGCUGUGUUCCCGCUGUUCCCGGAUACUUCCCCGCUAUGAAAGCUGUAUGUGAAAAAUACGGUGCCCUAUUCAUCCUGGAUGAGAUUAUGAGCGGUAUGGGUCGUUGUGGGACUCUGCACGCCUGGGAGCAGGAAGGCGUUGUCCCCGAUAUUCAAACCAUUGGUAAGGGCCUAGGAGGGGGCUACGUCCCUGUCUCGGGAAUCUUGAUCAACGACUCCAUCGUGCAAACACUGGACAAAGGCACAGGUGUGUUUCGACACGGACAGACAUAUCAGGGCCAUCCAAUUUCCUGUGCUGCAGCACUUUCAGUGCAAAAGACCAUCCAGGAGGACUCGCUACUUGAAAAUGUGCAAACCAUGGGUGCUUACCUCGAAAGUCAACUGCACCAGAAGUUUGAUAAUCAUCCAUAUGUGGGAGACAUUCGAGGCAAGGGUCUGUUCUGGGGCCUCGAGUUCGUCAAGAACAAGACCACAAAGGAGCCGUUCGAUCCCCAAAGCCGACUGUCUUUCCUGAUUCAAGAGAAAGGGCUGCAGCCGGAAUUUGCUGUCUCAUUCUAUGGUAGCCCAGGCACAGUAGACGGUAUUCGUGGUGACCAUGUGCUGCUGGCACCGCCUUACAUUGUGUCCAAGGAAGAGAUUGAUACCAUUGUGGAUGUACUGGCCAGAGUUCUGGCUGAAGUGUUUGCAGAAUUGGGGCUAUGA